GCAAUAUCCUGGUUAAUUUGACUGACUUUUCUUUAACCUCUACAACAUCUAUCUCUGCUAUUUAGCUGUUACUCUUGCAGCUAAUUCUUUACUUUUGUGUUUAUUUCACUAUCAUCCCUAAUAUAUCCAGCGGAUUAUCUGUGCCCCGCAAAGUUCCUGCGUUCACCCCGCUAUGCCGCCGUACUCUUCAGCACAGAAACAGCAAAUAGCCCAGUUUGUGAGCUUCACACAAGCGAAGGAUACUGUGGCAACAAAGUUUCUGAAGCAGUAUCGAUGGAACACCGAAGAAGCUAUCGAUGCAUACUUUCAGAGCCCCCAGGCUGCAGCAGGGGCAACUCCUGCCAUAAAUCAGAUCUUCGAUAAAUAUCGAGAUUCACCAGAGGAAGACCCAGAUACAAUCGGAAUUGAUGGCGCCAUGCGUUACCUCGGAGAUAUCAACGUCGAGCUGGACGAAGUAACCUGUCUCGCCAUCGCCGAGCUCCUAAAAUCUCCAUCCAUGGGCGAAUUCACUCGCGAAGGUUUCCUAAAUGGCUGGAGAUCCGUUCAAUGCGACACCAUUGACAAGAUGGCCGCCCAUGCCUCCGACCUCCGCGCACGCAUCCCCACAGAACCCGACCUCUUCCGUCGCGUAUACCGCUACACAUUCCCCCUUUGCCUGGUCCAGGGCCAGCGCAACCUUCAAUUCGAAAUUGCUGUCGAACAGUGGAACCUCUUCUUCACUACCCCGAAGGGCGGGGUCGCCUGGAACACCGCCACGACUCCCUGGCUGGACCUGUGGAUUGAAUUCCUUGAGGGACGCGGCAAAAGACCCAUCAACAAGGAUCUGUGGCAGCAGGUCGAGGUAUUUAUGCGCAAGAGCCACGAGGACGAAGCGUUUGGAUGGUGGAGCGAGGAUGGCGCGUGGCCCGGGGCUCUGGAUGACUUCGUUGCAUGGGUUAGGGAAAAGAGAGGCAAGAGUGAGAGUGCUAUGGAGGUUGAAUAGGCAGAACUGUGUAUGAAGCUAUGGGACUGGAAAGCCGUUGAGAUCUACAACGAUCCAUUUCUGCCUGUUAUUAGUCUUUUUUUUUU